GAGCUCACACUGGACCCAAACACAGCACACAAACUUCUCUCUCUCUCUGAGGGGAACAGAAAAGUGACAUGUGGGGGUGAGCAGCUGCCGUAUCCUGACCACCCAGAGAGAUUUUCCUACUCCUACCCCCAGGUGCUGUGCAGAGAGGGUCUGUCUGGACGCCACUCAGAUAGAUGUGACAGUCUGGGUCAGCAUCUAGUCAGCGAGGGUCAGACUGGACGCUAUUACUGGGAGGUUGAGUGCAGUGGUGAUAGGGAUGAGGUAGCAGUGGCCUACAAAAGCAUCCCAAGGACACAGGAGAGCGGAGACAGCACCGGGGUUGGACACAAUGACAAGUCCUGGAGUCUGAGGUGCUAUAGUAACAAGUACGCUGCCUGGCACAAUAAUAAAGGGACCGACAUACCUGCCCCUUCCCCCCACUCCAACAGAGUAGGAGUGUACCUGGACUGGCCGGCAGGCACUCUGUCCUACUACACCGUCUCCUCUGACACACUCACCCACGUGCACACGUUCCACUGCACAUUCACUGAGCCCCUCUACCCAGGGUUUUAUCUUUAUCUGAACUCCUCAGUGUCCCUGUGCCAGAUCACAUGACCUCCUAAUUCUGCAGGAGAGAGAAUGUUGUAUGGUAUUGUAUGUUACAGUAUCUGAAAAUGAAAAUGCUGUGAGUGUGGAUGGGUUUUCUAAGGGCUGGGAGUGCUAACACACUUUAGUAAUUGCAAUUGUGUCAUACCCCUUUUCCACUAAGGCAGUUCUGGUUUCGUAGUCAUUAUAACAACGGGUUCUAAUCAAGAGUUAAUGUUGAUUGACAUCCUAGUUUCUUCUAGCGACUGCAAUAUGCUGACCAAAACAAUUAGGACUCGUCCAGUUUCUUUACUCCACAAAUGGAUACAGUGAUGCAGUUCAACACUCUCAACGUUUUUGGUCUUUUUGUGCUCAAAGUUGAUCGCAAUAAGUUUCUCACCACUACAGUAUGUCUCCAUUUCUGCUGGUUGUUUUGGGAUACAAAUGCCUCAUUAAUGUUACUCAGCUUGAGUAACCCCUGAACAACCUAACACUACCUCACAUUUUAUUUGCGAGGUAUAACAUUGU